GCGCGGCGGGCAAUGGGCAGAGCUCCCAUCCCUGAUAAAGGCGGAGCAGAUGAAGCUGGGAGCUGCAGGCGAGUGAUACCGGACAACAGCGCUGUUUCCAAUCACACAGAGGCUGCAACGCAUCUCGGCGGCAGGCAGGAAGAAGUUAGUACCUGUAGGUGAAAUUUGCAAAGACUCGGUGAUGUCUCUGACUGUGAAGGAGAGGAGCCAAGUCCGGCUGGCCUUCCUCGGAGCAGCCGGGGUCGGGAAGACUUCGCUGAUACGGAGAUUUUUACACGAUACCUUCGAGUCCAAGUACAAGCGGACGGUGGACGAGCUUCACAGCAAAGAGUACCAAGUGGGAGCACUGAAGGUAAAAGUAGAGAUCAUGGACACGAGUGGUAGCUAUUCGUUCCCCGCCAUGAGGAAGCUCUCCAUCCAGACCAGCGACGCUUUCGCCCUGGUCUAUGCCGUGGACGAUGCUGAGUCCUUCCAAGCCGUGCGGAGACUGAGGGAGGAGAUCCUAGACAUCAAGGAAGACAAGUUCACUCCUAUCGUGGUGAUCGGCAACAAGUCGGACAACCUGAGCGAGAGGCAGGUGUCCAACGAGGAGAUGGUGGCACUGGUGGAGUUGGAAUGGAACAGCCGCUACCUGGAAUCCUCGGCCAAGGACAAUGACAAUGUGCUGGAGGUUUUCAGGCAACUCCUGCAACAAGCCAACUUGCCCAGCCGCCUGAGCCCCGCGUUGAGAAGGAGACGGGAGACUUUCCCCACCGCCAGCAGUUCCAGACAUCUCUUGAACAAAACCAACAGUUGUCUCAUCUCCUGAACCUCGGGCUCGGGAUGAACACUCCUUCCAUCGACUCGAUCAAAACAUGAAGGCUGGCUAGCGCGAACGGCGGCUGGAGAGAAGUUUAUUGUCACACGUAAGAACACUUGAUGGGUGUGAGAAACAAGGAACUGCUGAUGCUGGUUUACAAAAGAAAGUCAGAGAGUGCUGGAGUAACUCAGCGAGUCAGGCAGCAUCUCCGGAGAACCUGCCCAUGUCCUUCAAGGAUAUUGCCAGACCUGCUGAGUUACUUCAGCACUUAGUGUCUUAGAUAGAUGUGAGAAUGUUACUUCAAAAUAAGUUCAGUUAAAAAAAAUGUCUAUACUUUGUUGAGCUGACAUUUGAUUUUAAUGAAGAUGAUGUGUAUUUAUUACGGGGACAACUUUAGGGUAAAUUCCUAAGCUAAUAAUGAUAGUUCUGGACCUGUAGCGCACAAGGCCAGGAAGCUUUAUUUACAGUUUAAAUUCCUGCUUUGUUAACUUUAAACAUUUAUUUGCGCUUCCUGUUAUCCAUUUGAUUGUUACAUUGUUACCGAGUAUCAAUAUUCUUUUGUAUUUAUUUUAUAAAUAAAGACUAUGCCCCGAACAGUUUGUUUGGGUUCUUGAUGU